AUGCGAUAUCGGGUUGGACGUAUAGUUCGUUUAGUGAUUGGACUUGCAUGCCUCGUUGUUAUUGUACCUUUUCUUUUGUCCAAACUCGAUUCUGGCAAUACAAUAUCAAUUGUUGAAGAUACAAGAGAUGAUGAUAGUAAAGGAAAUCAAGACGUUUCGAAAGCUAGAAUUCUAACGAAAAUAAAUGGUUUACAACCAGUAAUGAGUGACUCCCUAGGAAAUUAUGAAUUGAAAGAUAGACCCACGCAAACGGGUCCAGGUGAAGGAGGAAUUCCUGUAAUUCUUUCUCCCGAUGAAGAACAAGCAGCGCAACGAACAAUAUCUCAAUAUGGUUUUAAUAUGGUCGUUUCGGAUAAAAUUUCCAUGGAUAGAAACAUUAAAGAUACAAGACCAGACGAAUGCAAAAAUUGGAUUUAUCCUGAUGUACAGCAUUUACCAACAGCUUCUGUCAUUCUUGUCUUUUUUGAUGAAGGCUGGAGUGUUUUAGUACGUACUAUACAUAGUGUGAUCAAUACGUCGCCUAAAGAAUUACUAAAAGAUAUAAUUCUUGUUGAUGAUGGUAGUAGUGAUCCUGCUUUACUGGAACCAUUAGAAAAAUAUAUCAAACGCUGGAAUGGUCUUGUUAAACUUUAUCGAACAGGAAAACGUGUCGGUUUGAUUGCUGCACGUACACUUGGUGCAGAUAAAUCAACUGGUGAUGUUAUUAUUAUACUUGAUGCUCAUUGUGAAUGUGUUGUUAAUUGGCUUCCACCAUUAUUGACACGCAUUGCAAUUAAUCGUAAAGCAUUGGCUGUUCCAAUUGUAGAUGGUAUUGAAUGGAAAACUUUCGAACAUUCAAAUAUAUAUGGUUCAACAAAUUUUCGUGGUAUUUGGGAAUGGGGAUUUUUAUAUAAAGAAACUGAAGUACCAGAACAAGAAUUAAGAAAAAGAAAAUAUUCAUCAGAACCUUAUUGGUCACCAACACAUGCAGGUGGAUUAUUAGCUAUUGAUCGUCAAUGGUUCUUUGAAUUAGGUGCAUAUGAUCCAGGAAUAAAAGUGUGGGGAGCUGAACAAUAUGAGUUAUCGUUUAAAGUUUGGCAAUGCGGUGGUGUUGUUGAAUGGGUACCAUGUUCUCAUGUCGCACAUGCCUAUCGUGGUCCACGAAGUCACUCAUCGCCCGUACCCGGCUCAAGUCCACAUCAAAUAUCUGUAAAUCAUAUACGUUUAGCUCAAGUUUGGAUGGAUGAAUAUGCUGAGUAUUAUUUUAUACGUGAGCCCGCUAUCCGUAAAUUAGAUUAUGGUGAUAUAUCCGAAAGGAAAAAAUUGAGAGAACAAUUAAAAUGUAAAUCAUUUAAAUGGUUUAUGGAAACUAUUGCAUAUGAUGCUUUACAAAAAUUUCCACCACCACCAAAAAAUGUCGUCUGGGGAGAAUGUAAAAAUGUUCAACAUUCAGUUUGUUUAGCUGAUCAAGGUGCUUCAUUUGGUCAGCCAAUUGGUGUCAGUGGUUGUUAUAGACAACAGGUUUGGCGUCUUAAUGAAGGUGGUGAAAUAUCAGCCGGUGAACAUUGUUUUGCAUCUGAUCAUGAUAUAGUUAAAAAGAAGUUUUGUUUGGAUCAUCAAGGUCGAUGGAAUCCAGUUGGAGAAUGGCAAUACGAUAAGUCAACAAAACAAAUUCGAAGUAAUAAACAGCAGCUAUGUAUGGACACAGAUGGUCAUAGUUUAAAAUUACUUGAAUGCAAUAAAACGAAAGAUUCUCAAAAAUGGGAAUGGACUGAGAUUUAUUAUUAA